AUUUCAAUGAUUACUAGCCCUAAGACAAGACUAAUCAAUUGCGGAUGAGGUUGAUUCUACCGGAUGUUCGAAUAAACCAUAUCAGUAACGAAAGUUUCCGUUUAGUGACUGUUUAUAUCGACUAAGAAUAUUGCACGUUUAAUGCCAAUAUUUUUAACUCUUAACGUCUCAAAAGUUGUUUCACCAGGUGAUAAUACGGGUGUGAUUUACUAAUUAAUUCAUACGCACUUUUCUUUCUCUUUUUUCUUUCGUGUUGAAAAAAGUAUAGUGACUAUAAACGUAUUUAGUGGUGAUUAGAAAUCUAUUCCAAUUAAAUUGAAGCAUGGAGAGUCCGAAAGAUCCAAAAAAUUCUCCUUCAUAUGAGAAACUUUCGGAAGACAAACCUCCUAAGUCUCCUAACUCUCCAAAACGUCCGUUUCGUUUACGUUUUCAUAGAAUGUUGAGUUCUGGAAGUCUUAAAUUGGGUUCGACUUCCUCUACGCCCAGUACACCAAGUCCUUUAACGAAAAGUCCUUCAACUAAGUUUUAUAGCUUCGACACUGAUUGUUUGGAUAAGAUGGAUAAAACUAAAAGUUUGGACCAAUGGCCGAUAUCCAUAAGUUCAUCUGAAAGAUACAGGAGACAACAAAGUAAUACAACAUGGCAUGGCAGUCCCAUUGCCGGUACCCAAAGUCCAAAAGCUACUCCGGAGAGGCUAAAAGGCGCUACUCCGGACCUUUUCGAACUUCUCGAAAAAGCUCAAAGAUCCAGAAUCGAUGACCAAAGAUGCAUGCUACCUGCUUAUUUUAACCAGCCUCCGCCCGCCUCAAGACAAAACAGUCAGGUUUCCGAAACGAAAGAUGACCGUCUUUCCACAAAUAACAACAUCAAAAUAUCUCCCAUACCGACACCGGCACUACAAACACCACCCGCGUCUCCCCAACAACCGACUCAUUCGAAGAGGCUUUUGCAAGAAGUUCUUUCGCGACCGGGACCAUAUCCAAUGAUCGCGAUACCCUCAAAAGGAUAUUGGGUCGAUGGCACGGACCACGAGGAAUUAUUCGACCAUAGAGGUAUGCCUGUUGUUCCACAUCCAAAUUGGAGAGCCAAGAUUGAGACGGACGAUACGGCGAAGUGUUACCGAAGAUUUUUCGUGGGAAGGGAACAUUCUUCCCUUAUCGGUCACGAUGAAAACCAAGGUCCAGUACUACUUUCUAUUAAAACCGAAAACGUAGCAAACCAGGAACAUACCAGAAUCCUCUUGAGAAUUCGUAACGGCACCAUGCACGAGAUAGUACCCUCUUCAUGUCUAGGUUCAUCACCUUCUCCAGCCAAAAUGGCAAAACUUCUUAACGAACAAUUGAAUGUUGAAAAUUUUGUACCUGUUCUUCACCCCAAAGCCUCUCAACUCAUAGCUAACUACGACGAGCACGUAUUAGUGACGAAUUUUAAAUUCGGUGUACUUUUCCAACAAUUUGGUCAAACUGACGAAGAAGAAUUAUUUUGUAAUAACGUUACCACGCCAGCGUUUGACGAUUUCCUGUCUCUUCUGGGACAGAGAAUACAGUUGAAGGAUCACAAAGGAUAUCGAGGUGGUCUCGACAUCCAAAAUGGUCAUACUGGAGAUACGGCAGUGUAUGAGGUAUUCAAAGAACGAGAAAUCAUGUUUCACGUAUCGACUCUUUUACCAUUCACCGAGAACGAUCCACAGCAAUUGCAGAGGAAACGACAUAUCGGAAACGAUAUUGUGGCGAUUGUUUUUCAAGAGGAAAAUACACCGUUCACUCCCGAUAUGAUUGCAUCACAUUUUUUGCAUACCUUUAUUGUAGUACAAGUUAUAGACCCCAAUUCGUCGAACACUAGAUACAAAGUGAGUGUUACAGCACGAGAUGAUGUCCCUUUCUUCGGACCAACUCUUCCUACGCCCGCCAUUUUCAGACACGGCCCAGAAUUCAAAGAAUUCCUCCUUACUAAAUUGAUAAACGCUGAAAAUGCUUGCUAUAAAGCCGAUAAAUUCGCUAAAUUAGAGUUACGCACCCGUACGUCUCUUCUACAAUCUCUAACCGAAGAGCUCAAACUUAAAACUAACGAGUUUUUGGGUGGAAAUGCUAAUUUGACACCGGGCACACCGAAAAGCGACUCCGGUCCUGGAUCAAGAUUUAUCGAUUCUGUGAAGAAAGCUUUAACCUCCAGAGUAAAACCCAGUCAAAGUGAUAACAAUUUGAAUACCAAUGGACAUGACAAAUUAUCUAAAAAAGGAUCACAGCCGACAAUACCCGAAUGUACACCAUCUAGCGGCAGAUCCAUUUCCAAAACAUCUAUGACGUCUAAUAGUAAGAAGAGCGGAAGUCCGACUUCUUCGACGACAUCAUCACCCGAUUUAACGGCACAUGCUCACGCCCGACCGGCUCUAUCCGAGGCCAGUGACGACUCAUCGCUGACCAGCGAAGACUUGGAACAUCUGGCAGGUGGAUAUAUCGAUAGUGACACUGGUUUGGAAAGCAUGUCCAGCGCGGAAACAGCUGCCAAGGCUUGCAGUGUUUGUCAAGAUAGACCUGGAAGUACGUCCGGACCUACGGCUGAAUCUUUAAUGCAAGAAGUGGUACAAUUGAAGUGUGACAAGCUAGAUUUAUUAAGACAGAAUGUGAAUUGUCAGAGAGAUUUGAAGAGGUUAAGAGAAAAGGAGUUGGGUCUGCAAGGGGACUUAGCUCAAGCUACUAAGGAAAUAUUGAGGUUGAGGGAACUAUUGAAGGAUUACAGUCCUAAUGGUGACAGAUCCCCAAUGUGAAUUAUAUUUUGUUUCUCUUGAGCUCGAUCUAGUAGUUUUUGAAACAAACCCCAUUGUUUGAAGCGUUUUUUGCUUUCAAAUUAUAUUUUCAGUUGAAUUACACAAGUCUCACUUUUUCAAUUUCAUAUUGAUAUAAACUUGAUAGCAAUUAUUAUAUACAUGAACAUCUAUUAUUUACACUGUUCAAUUUUCAUUUUUUACAAAUUAAGUAGUGGGAUUAACUGUGGUUUACAAAAAAAAUUCAACAUCACACGAACUCUACUUGUGUUAGCAUUCAAUUUUUCUUCUUUUUUUUUUGUUUUGUGAUAUUUUUAUAUAUUUACGAACCUGUAUUAAUUUUUUUUUCUUUUGAGAAUUUUUAUGUUUUUAGUUUUUAAAUAAUUUAUUGAUGUACAAUUAUUGUGUAUAUUAUUAUCAAAAUGCAAAGUUUACCAACGGCUCUAGGUUGUGGAACUUUUUAUUUCACAAAAUUUUGGCGGUUUUUAACCUAUAUUUAAAAAAAUCUUUAGUCUAACAAAGAAAACCCAUUGUUGAAAAAUGUUUCUAAAAUGAUCAAUAUCAAUUUAAUCUUCAUUGCCAAGGGUUCAUGUGUGUAUCUCUGUUGCUAGUAAAUUGAUGCAACCUUUACAAGAUUUUUUUCAGACCACCAUUUAUUAAUUGAACCAAAAAUUUUCUAAUAAUAAAAGGUUUAAUAUAUUUUAAAAAUCGUCCAAAACGCAUUUCUUGAUAAAAAACCAUUACCUAGGGUAAACAUAAUUAUACCAAAGUUAACAUUCCCCAAAAAUUCUGUUUCAGAAAAAUUUAAUUAUUUAACUUAGGUGUAUAUAACAAAGUAUUUAAAUAGAGUUUAAGUUUUUUUUGUAUUUAGAAAACAUUGAGGGAAAUCUAAUUUAUGCAGAUAUUGUUAUAGAUUCUCUUUAUUUUUACUUUGUUCAUAUUUUUUAAGUUUGUAUAAUGGAGUUGUUUCAAAUUAUAAAAUAUCUGUGAAACAUCUGUCAUUGUACCAAUUUCUUGUGAAUUAAAAAUCCUAAUUUAAGAUUUAAAAAUAGCCUGGGGAGAACCACAAUUCAAAAUUCAGUUAUGGUCUAAAUUUUUACAAUAUACUGACUGAAAAUUUGAGAUUGGUAGAAGGAGACCAUUUUGUAAAAUGAAAAAAUCAGGAAAAAAUUAUAAAGCUUGUUAAUCUAAAAUGAUGGCUGUAUAAUAACGUUUAGCCGUGUCAAACAACGAUUGAUUGAAAAUACUGGAUGCACGAAAAACAUUUUAUAGCACAAUUUAUUAAAAAACCUUGAAAUGAAUUAACUUAUCUUGCUUGGAUUAUUGCUACACAGCUUCUUGGUACACUUGAAAUGAUUUUUUUCUGUUAGUCCAAAUAACAGAUCUAGAACUCUUAUGGAUGCUGUAAAGCUCUAACCUACUAACUUGAAUUGUCCUAUAAGUGUUCUGCCGUAUUAAGAUCAGGUCAUUGCGCUGGAUAAUAAUUCAAAGUACAAAUAUAUACAUGUAGGCAAGCAUUAAUAGCAUUUUGUUCCCUAUAAAUGAGAAAAAUGGUAUUAUUUAAGAUUCUGAAAUGUCUACUAUGUGCCAGUACAUUCUUCACGUGAAAUAUUUCACAUUUCACGUUGCAUAACUCUUAAUAAAGUUAGAAUACAAUACCGCAGAAUAAUGCAAACUUUCAUCAAUAAUUCAACCUGUUACUGGUGUUGUAAGCCCAGUAUUCUUUCACUUUUUCAUUGGAUUGUAUUACAUUAUCCACAAUUUCAUCUUUCUAUCCAACGUUUCUUAUUAUACUUUUAUCCCGCAUAAGAAAUCCCAUAAUCUGGUUCUGCGUACUGGUACUGGUACUUGUUAUCUUUCUGAAUUUCAUAGAACUUUGUCUAUGAACAUAUGAAAAGAGUGAGCUUUCUUUUGGAUUGUGGUGUUACUAAAGUCAUCAAUCGAUAGUGGCUUUGUUCCUAGUUUGCUGUGUCCUUUUGCCCAUAUGAGAACAUAUAAGAUUUGACUUAGGAAUUACUCCAAAUUGAGGACUAGAAUUUAUACUUUCAAAGUGUAUUCCAUCAAUGUAUUGGGUUGUAAUUCAUCAUCCACAAUUUCGUCUUUAUCUUUCUAUUCAACAUUUCUUAUAUUUUUAUCCAUAAGAAAUCCUUUAACCUGUCUACUUGUGGUAAAUUGUUAUUUUUCUUUAUUGGUUAGAACUUUGUCUAUGAAAUAUAAAAAAAGUGAACUUUCCUUUGGAUGGUAGUAUUACUGAAUUGAUAGUAGCUUUCUUCCUAGUUUUCUGUGUCCUUUUUCUCUAUUUUAUAACGUAGAGCAAAAAAACACAAAUAUUUCUGUCAUAUGAGAACAUACAUUACUUGACUCAUGAAUUACUCCAAUUUGAGGACUAGAAGUUUUACUUUUAAGGUAUAUUUGCCACAAAUAUAUUGGGUAUCAUUGUUGUAACUUCUACACCUCAUGCUAGUUUUAUAAAAUAUAUUAAGAGUGAUCUCGAGCUCAAUAAAGAUUACCCUUCAUAACAAAACAGUGAAAAAUUCUUGAUGAAGAAAACAGUCAUUAAAAUUUAAUCAAACAUCUCAUUUUUGUACAUAAUUAUCAAUAUUAUAUAUUUUUCUAGGUAUUUAACUAAGGUGACCAUAAAUUCGAAACACCAAAGCAGGACACCAACCCGAGUUUUGGUCCAAAAAAUACCUUAUACUUUAAGUACUUUAUAAUUAUAAAUUUCCUCUAUGUAGUACGUUUGAGACAUCACAUUAUCUUUUAGUUAAGACAUUUUAAAAUGAUAUUAGCUCUAUACAAUGAAUCAAUGAGUAUUUUCAUAUCAAAAUUUGAGGCAAACUUCUAAAGAGGGACAUUUGACUGCACCCACAGGAAUCUUGGGGACGCGUUAAAUCGGGACUGUCCCGCCGAAAUCGAAACGUCUGGUCACCUUAUAUUUAACUAUAUUCCCACAACUUGUUCUUAAGUUUACACUUUACAGUAUAAAAGCUCAAAAUAAGGGUCACUGAAUGUCAGUUUCAUCUUUUUGGUAUGGUUUAUGAUUAUUUUAUAGCUGAUCCCUUGAAACCUUUUUACAGAUAAUUAGCUUAUAAGAUAUGUUUUAACAGAUAAUAAUUUUGAAACAACUCAACUUGCAAUAUGUAUUACUAAUAUUUAGAAUGAUUAGUAGGUUGUGUACAUAAAAAAUUUCUCACUCGCUUUCUAUUUACUAGUUCAUCUAAGUAAAAAAAUGGUUUUGUUAUGUAGAAAAAAAUUUAUGUAUCUAUGUGUUGUCUGUAUACAUUAAAAUUACAAAUUUACGCUGCAUGCUUGAAUUUUCAGAUGUUGAUAAUGUGAGAUACUUCCACGUUACACAAUAUACCAAUAUUUGGUUGAUGGUAACUUAUUUUAAGUAAACUACAUUUAUUGAAGUAUAGCUGAAGAGCUACUGGUUAUAAUAAUACGUUGUUUCAAUAAUAUAAAAUAUUUGUUUUAUAUCUGGACUAUGUUAAAUCAAAUGUAAAGAGAUCAAAAACAUAUGAGUAGUGUCUAUUCUAAAUGUCAUGCUAAAAAUACUACCCUUAAAACGAGCACUGUGCGUAUGGUAUACAUACUUCCUAUUUCCUAUCUUUUCCUGCCAGUUUAUAACUCCUAUUCUGCUUCGGUCAUCUUCCACCUCUUUUAACCAUUUUGUCUUAGGCUUGUCGCGUCUUUUUCUACCACCUUGAUCUCAUUGCAUCAUAUUGAAUGCUAUAGAUUUUGUUCCUUCUCUCCAUACAUAUCCCCCAACGACUUAACACGCUGAGCUUUGAUUUUUCUUAUAAUAUUUUCGACUCUCAGUAAAUUUUUCUCGGUUAAUUCCUAUCCUGUAUUUCCCUUCACUAACUUUUACUUAUUCUAAUUUUGUUUUGAUUUAUUUUUUCCGUUCUUCUCAAUUUUUUUUUAUAAUUUCUUGUUAGUAUUAUUGUUUCAGCUGAGUACAUCAUUACUGGUCUUAUCAUUGUUAUUUAUUUAUUCAUCUUCAAUUGUUUUGUGAGUAGUUUAUUUUUCAUCCUUUUUCCUAUCUCAGUACUCCUAUCUCCUCUAUUAUUGAACAACGCUAACUUUCACCCUUUGACAUUGUUUUCCACAUCUUUGUCUCCAUUAUGGAUCUUAUUUUGGUUACAAGUACUAUGUAAUCAGUGUGUCAGACAAAUGGUUCAUUGCAAUUUAUAUUUCCUCAAAAUAUUCUAAUAGAUUUAUACUUAGUGGACCAUCUAGUUUUAUAAAACAAGGAAAUUUUGGUUAACAUAUUUUCUGUGAUAUCGACUUUCGCGAAAGAAUUUAAGUACUGAACUUUGCACAUCUUGAAUUUUAUUCAAGUCCUUGACUACGUGAUGACUAUGUGAUGUAGAAUGAAACGUGACGCUCGAUCUGAACCUGAUUCUCAAACAUAGAGCAUUGUUCCGACUUAAACAAAUUCACCAAGCUUCACCAAGCAUUGAGAAAAAUAAUAAAUACGGAAAUUUAUUUAAUAUUCAGUUAAUUUUUAGGAGGGGGACAAGUGUCUUGCUUUGCCUACCAUUCCAGUGCCUAUGCUGACACACUUUUUAAUAUCCAUGUUACUGAGAUUACUACUCUCUGAAGAUGAUAAUUUACAAUAAACCAGUAAACAUAAUUUAUUCUAAAUUAUGGAAAAAUGUUAAAAAUACAAAUUAAACCUGUGAGGUUAUCAACUUUGUAGUAUAUCUUUCUAUCCUGUUUUUAUUUUGAACCAAUCUUGGAUGGAAGUAUCUCAUUUUAUGUCCAACAGUUUUUUUUUCAUAUUUGAAAAUUCGAACAGCUGAACUAACAAAUAUUUUUGGAAUAUUGGUAUUUGUGAGGAAAUUAACAAAACUAUUUUCACGAUGUUAGUCCAUAUUAGGAUUCUAGUAUGGGAUGUAUUUCCUAUAUUAUGUGUACUUAAUGUCUGUCAGGGAAAAAAUAGCAUUUUUGUUCACAAAAGAAUAUUCACAACAAUUUUAUUCAACUAUCAGAUAAAAAUCACAAUUAUUUGUGUCCAUAUUUAUUUUCAUUCCAAACUUACAUAAUAAUCUGAAAAAAUAUCAAUAAAUAGUAAAAAGAUUUUAAACCAAAUAUUAAACUACUAUACCAACUUUUUUAGGCCUCAUAGUCACUUAUAAUUGAUGCAGAAAUUUUAAGUACAUUUAAAUAGAUGGGACAACUUCUGGGUAUAUUCAUUUUGUAACAAGAAAAUGCUGUUUUAUUUUCUAUUUCAUCAAAAAGAAUUUCUUUGAAAUAGAUAUGUUUCAGAUGGUUUUCUGUAUAUAUAUUAUACACAAUAUCCAAAGAAUAUAUUUCUUAUGAGAAAAACGAUUUAUUUUUUUUUUGUUUUGUGUAUAAUAUACAUAAAAUUUUUCUUAGCUUAUUUUAAAAGAACUUGUUACUUUUUAGAAAGUAUUGCUCGAUGUCAAAACUAGAAUAAAUUUUAUUCUUCUGCUUUUUAACCACGAUUUUUCUUUUCAGAUUGUCAUUUUAGACAAUUUUAUGAAUGAAAGUAACAUGUUUUUAUUUAAAAAAUGCUUUAUUAUUGAUUAAUGAUGCAAUAAUUAUUAAGUGUUCUUUUUGUACAACUUAGUUAACUGUUUUUAUGUACCUUGAUUAUUUUCUUAUUGAUGAUACUUGCAACAUCAGAAUCUAAUAAAAUAUGUAU